AUGGCACCUUCAAACCCACUUGCCAACUGGGAAAAAGUUGGUGACAGCUUCUAUCGAAAAAUCCCUGUUUAUGACGCUAUCUUCGACGAGGACGUUGAACUAGAGAACUACAUCGUCGCGGGCGCCCCCUACGGAGGGGCCAUCGCGCUUUACCGAGAUGAGAGCAAGCCCUUUAGAUUGAGGCAUGGCCAAGCUUCCCGAUCCAGCAUUGACGUUUAUUCCUGCUCUGGAAAGCAGGUUAAUCGCAUUAAUUGGGAGCAAGCCACCAUCCGAGGUCUCGGCUGGUCCGACAAAGAGGAGCUUUUGGUUGUGUCCGAGGAUGGCACAGUUCGCCGCUAUUUCGGGCUGGGUGGAGAGUUUACUUCUUUCUCCCUUGGACAUGGCGCGGAAGAAUAUGGCGUUAGAGCCUGUCAAUUUUGGGCCUCUGGGCUUGUGGCAUUGCUGUCCAACAAUCAGCUGAUCGCGGUCUCCAGGUAUGAUGAGCCACGCACAAGGCUCCUUGCACCGUGCCCCGAGGGCGAGGUCUCAUCUUGGUCUUUAAUUCCACCGGCACAGACCCUUUCCAGAUCUGUGGAAGUCUUGCUUGCUGUUGACAAGUCGGUCUUUCUGGUCGACUCGACCGAAGCGGAAGACAAGGUUUUGCAGGAUGGUCCGUUCAAGCAUGUUGUUGUGUCUCCAACUGGCCGCCUCAUUGCGCUCUUUACCAGCGAAGGGAAGUUGUGGGUUGUCAGCAACGACUUUCAGAAUAAGCUGAGUGAAUAUGAUUCCAAAUCUCGCGUCGCACCUAGUUCCGUCACCUGGUGUGGCGAUGAUGCUGUGCUUCUCGCCUGGGAGGAUGAGAUUCAUCUAGUUGGGCCCAACGGAGCGGCUUCAAAGUAUUACUACGAUGGCCGAGUCCAUGUCAUCCCCGAAUUUGAUGGAGUCCGUCUUCUUACAAAUGAUACAUGCGAAUUUUUACACAAAGUUACUGAUGUCACUGAGGAAAUCUUUCGACUUGGUUCUUCUUCCCCUGCAUCGGUACUUCUAGAUUCCGUGGAGCAGCUCGAAAAGAAAUCCCCUAAGGCAGAUGAAAACGUCCAACGGAUUCGAUCAAGUUUGCCUGCAGCAGUCGACGCAUGUAUCAAAGCCGCUGGCCAUGAAUUUGAUGUAUACUGGCAAAAGAGGCUCCUCAAGGCAGCUUCAUUCGGAAAAUCUGUUUUGGACCUCUACAAUAGUGACGAGUUUGUGGAAAUGACGGAGAAACUCAGAGUUCUGACCGCAGUCCGCGACUAUCAAAUCGGUCUUCCGAUCUCAUAUGAGCAGUACUUGCGUUUGACACCAGAAUGCCUUAUUGAACGUCUAAUAAAUCGUCAUGAAUAUCUCCUAGCGAUCAAAGUCUCUGAAUAUCUGCAGAUCCCUGCGGACCGAAUCUAUGUGCACUGGGCUAGUCAGAAGGUCCGAGUCUCGACAGUUGACGAUGAAGCCGUGUGUAAGCUCAUUGUUCAGAGGUUGGAAGGAAAGCCAGGAAUAUCUUUCGAGGUCAUUGCACAGACUGCCUACGAUGAAGGGCGAUCCCACCUGGCAACCCAACUCCUCAAUCAUGAACCACGGGCUGGCAAGCAGGUUCCUUUACUCUUGAACAUGGAGGAAGAUGAAAUUGCUUUAGACAAGGCGAUUGAAAGUGGAGAUGAUGAUCUAGUGAAUUAUGUGCUUCUACACCUGAAGACUAAACUUCCCCUGGCAAGUUUCUUCCGGAUGAUCAACACUCGCCCCAUGGCUUCCGCAUUAGUCGAAACAGUCGCUCGGGUUGAAGAUACUGAAUUACUCAAGGAUUUAUUCUACCAAGACGAUCAACCAAUUGAUGGAUCGAACGUUUUACUAUCGGAGGCUUUGCAAGAGACAGAUCCGCACCGAAAGACCGAGAAACUUCACCUUGCAUCACGUUUGCUGUCGGAUUCGAAGGACCCAAAUGUGAUGUUGCAGCAAAAAUUGAUCUCUGAGGCCUCGCAGCUCCUGAAGGCUCAAGAUUCCCUGGACAAAGAUCUUGCCGACCGUUCCGAGUUCUUGGGUCUUAGCUUGAACGAUACGAUCUAUAGACUUGUUCGGGAUGGCUACGGAAAACGCGCACAGAAGAUGCAGGCUGAGUUUAAGAUGCCCGAGAAGACAUAUUGGUGGCUAAGGCUUCGAGCUCUGGUUGCAAAACGUGACUGGGGAGAAUUGGAAGAAAUCGGGAAGGUCAAGAAGUCCCCUAUCGGAUGGGAGCCUUUCUAUAACGAAGUUCUCGGUGCCGGAAACACAAAGCUUGCAUCGGUAUUUGUUCCCAAAUGCACUAACCUGUCUGCCGCGAGUCGAAUCGAUAUGUGGGUGAAGUGUGGAAUGAUCGUCAAGGCUGGAGAAGAGGCACAAAAGGCCAAGGAUAUUAGUACCCUCGAAAUCCUCCGGACCAAAGCAUCGGGGUCCGCAAUCACAGAAAUCGAGCGCAUGAUCAAUCAGCUUAGGCCGAGGAGGUGA